AGGGACACCACUUCAUGCUGCAGCCAAGGAAAGGAAGAGAGAGGCAGUCAAGUUCCUGGUAGAGAAUGGGGCAUUCUUGCCCGAUGACAUCAAUGACUGCAGAUUUAAUCCACCACUCCAUUACUGCCCUGGUCUUGAGUGGGCGUAUGAGGAGAUGAAGCGUCUUCAAAGGGGUUAACACAUGAUCAGGCGAGGCAUCUUAUAGCUCUGAAAGUUGAUGGGUUUUUAUCGGCAUGGUUGUCACUCUUCUUGCAUGUGGGUGUUUGUCAUGUUAUCAGUUGAUAAUUGGCUUAAAUACGAGCAUGAUGCACUGUCAAUGCUAGUGGGUCUGAAAGUGUCUGUUCUAUUGGUUCAGUUACCUCUUCUUGUCUGGAUGUUCUUGUGUGUGUACCAACAUAGUUCUCUGCUUGCACCUCUUCUUGGAUGUGUUGCCUUGUGAUUCCUAGCUCUUCCAUGAAUGUUUUGACCUGCUUCACUUCCAUAUACUCAUAAAAUCGAAUCCCUGCCUUCCUGGAACCUUUUCAUUGCAAUGCAACGUUAUGUUUCAUUUUUCUUUUGUUUUCUUUUCCUCUUUUUCUUGAACAAGCCGAAAUUAAAGCAAAAAAUAAAAUAUAGAAAGCUUCUUCCCGUUCAUUCCUUCCUUUUUUUCUUUUUCUUUUUUUUUUUUUUUUCUCUUUUGGUAAGCAAACAAAAGAAUUGCCUCCUCUCCCACUCUUUUUGCUAAAAUCAAACACCUCUGCGCCCGAGGCUCAGUAAAGCACACACAAAGAUGGGCAACAAACCAAAGAGUCAAGGACGUUCGAAAACAUGGUCUAGUCAUCUUCCAGAUUUGCCCACGAAAAGCUAAGACCAUCUUCAUACAUGUUGUGUCUUGAAAGAUAAUAGUAGUUAAGAUGAGGCAGGAGAGCGGUGUCUCGGGAAGAAGGUGCUGGAUUUUAGGAGUAUUGAGCUGGAUCUAAGACCACUGGACUUGAGCAAGCUAGAACUGUUAUUCUUGAUUUUGAUGAUUUAAAAUCAAAUAUAAAUUGGAAA